AUGAAGACCGCUGUUCUCCUUUCCACCAUCGCUGCCGCAAAAGCCUUCGCCCCUUCUGGAAACUUUGGCAGAACAAGUUCUGUUGAAGCCACGAAGGCCGAUUUGGAAGCCAUUGCUGAAAAGGCAAACCCUAUUGUCAAGUUUUACGACCCCCUUAACCUCGCGGAGCAGGACUUCUAUGGCUUUGGAAACGAAUCCACUAUCGGCUGGCUCCGACAUUCUGAGAUCAAGCAUGGACGUAUUGCCAUGUUCGCUUUCGUGGGAUACAUUGCCCAAUCAAACUUUGUUUUCCCCUGGCCACAAACUCUUGCUGGAGCUGCCCAUCCUUCCGCAGACUUGCCUCCAGAAGCCCAGUUUGACCAAGUCCCACUCGGGGCUAAGUGGCAAAUUUUUGCCGUAAUUUCCAUGCUUGAGUUGUGGGACGAAUGCGGAGGAGGCGGUGCACUUCCUCACUACACCAAGGGAAGAAAGCCCGGAGAAUUUCCUUCUUUCCAACUCUUUCGUGACAACGUCCACUUCGUUCUCGACCUUUACGAUCCACUGGGUUUCAACAAGAACAUGGCCGCCGAAACCAAGGAGCGACGUCUAAUCUCCGAAUUGAACAAUGGUAGACUCGCCAUGUUGGGAAUCUUCGGAUUUUUGUCUGCUGAUAAAGUCGCAGGAUCUGUUCCUCUCUUGAAUGAUAUCGCCCAACCAUACAGUGGAAACCCAAUGAUUCCUUUCGAAGGUCAAUUCUCCUACUUCAACUAG